UUGACCUAUCAACAUUUAUUGGUCAAUAAAUGCUCAUAAAUUUCCUUGAAUCUGAAAAGAAAAUUAAAAUGAUUUAUUUGGUCCAAACUCCAAAGUCUGUCUUUUUGUUUGGUCCUUCCUUCCUUUCCUAAUAAAUUAACAGUAAUUACAAACAUAGUAAUUUGAGGUCCAACAGAAAACACCGACUUCAACAACAACAACAACUGUUUUGUUUUUCUUUCAAUCAACAACCUCCACCAUGAGCCUGCCGGAAUUUCCUUCCGGUAGUGGCGCCGGAACAUCAUCCCCGCCGGGGAAGAAAGAGCUCCAGCUCCAAGGGACGCGUCCACCGCCGCUCAGAGUUAGCAAAGACUCCCACACCAUCCACAAGACCCGCAAGCCGCCACUUCCCCCCAACGCGCACCUACCGCAGCCGCCACCAGAGAACCGGAAGCCGGUGAUAAUCUACACCGUGUCUCCCAAAGUCCUCCACGUCACCGUCAGCGACUUCAUGAACGUGGUCCAGCGCCUCACCGGGCCAUCCUCUGGUGACGAGCCCGCUCUCCGACCCGGCGACGUUUCGCCGGCAGCGAGGCUGGCGUCGAUCGAGAGGACAAGCCCAUCGGAGAGGGAGAGAGAUCACGGCGGGGAUGAGGACGUGAUGUUGAUGUUGGAAGGACUGGAUGUGGGUCAGUUCCCCGGAAUAUUGUCGCCGGCGACAUUGCCUCAGAUAGCGCCAGGGUUUUUCAACGAGCCGCAAACGGCGACGUCUUUUUGGCACGACCUGAGCCCGUUUUGGUCUACUCACAGCUUCGUUGCAAGUCCUUCGGGGCUGUUUUCUGCCUCCGCGAUUUCUCCGCUGGCGUCGCCGAACUUCUUCAAUCUCUUCGACUAACUUUGAUUUUCAUUACCACUUUGAGUUUUUUCUUUUUUGGUAUGGUGACUAUUGAUUAGGUUUGGAAAGGGAAAAUGGUGGAAGAUUCAACUAUGGGUGACUUUUGUGACCAAAGUUUUGUAGUGCGUAGAUGUUGUUUGUGGCUUCAAGGGGAAAGAAUAAAAAUACAAAAUGAGAGCACUCUUGAAUUCAAAGUUUCAAA